CCGUAUCUAUGGCAACGCCACGUCAAACCCGCACGCAGACGCCCGGGCCUGGGCCGGGGUCAUGUGACCGCACCGCUGGCUCUCUCCCUCCCUCCCUCCGCCGCUCUCCGAGCCGCCUCCUGCUUUGCCUUCAAUCGGUGCCGUGUGUGCUCUGAUCAACCAGACAUGACUGCGAUAUGAAAAUAAGAGGUCUGCGGCGACGGUAGCCUCGUGUAAAGCGCCAGCUCGAGACUCGGGAGAGACGACGCGCGGCUUCAGUGGGUAGCUGUUAAUGCUGUACUCCCUGAUCUCCCAGUGUUAGGAUCCACGAGGCUGGGGGAGAGACCACGCCCAGCCGCUCACUAAACCACCCAACAUGAUGGCCUCCAGCGAUGUAGAUAUCCGAGGUGAAGCUUCUUUGUUCUCUGACCAGAAUCCCUCAGAAAUGGACGCGCUCUGUCCCUCACCUCCUGGACCUUCCAGACCUCAACGCAACUACGAGAGGAUUGGAGAACGGACAGGAACCUCUUUUUGUCAGACCCUCAUCCACCUGUUGAAAGGGAACAUCGGUACGGGGCUGCUGGGGCUGCCGCUGGCCGUCAAGAACGCAGGCCUGGUGCUCGGACCCAUCAGCCUGCUAUGUAUGGGCGUGGUCGCAGUCCACUGUAUGAAGGUGCUGGUGAAAUGUUCCCACCACCUCAGUGCAAAGAUAAACAGGCCGUCUCUGACCUAUGGUGAGGCGGUGCAGUACGGGAUGGAAAACGUUUCAUGGCUGAGGAGACACUCGCAGUGGGGAAAACACACGGUGAACUUGUUUCUAAUCAUCACCCAGCUGGGCUUCUGCUGCGUCUACUUUGUCUUCCUCAGUGACAAUAUCAAACAGGUGGUAGAAGCAGCCAACGCCACCACCUUCAACUGCCACAUGAACUACACCAACCAGACCCAGGUCCUGGUGCCGAGCUUCGACUCCCGCCUCUACAUGCUCUGCUUCCUGCCUUUCUUUAUCCUGCUGGUCUUCACCCCCAACCUGAAGUACCUGGCUCCCCUCUCUCUGGUGGCGAACCUGGUCAUGACGGCCAGCUUGGUCCUCAUCUACUUCUACUCGCUCAUGAACAUCCCGUACCCCAUCACCCUACCAAAAGUCGGCAGAGCUAAAGACUACCCUCUCUUCUUCGGGACGGCCAUCUUUGCCUUUGAAGGGAUCGGAGUGGUUCUUCCCUUGGAGAACAAGAUGCAGAAGCCUCAGACUUUCAUCCCGGUUCUGUAUUUGGGGAUGGGCAUCGUCACGUUCCUUUACAUCAGCCUCGGUACCAUAGGAUAUAUGUGCUUUGGAGAGCACAUAGGAGGGAGCAUCACUCUCAACCUGCCAAACUGCUGGACGUACCAGGCCGUGAAGCUGCUGUACUGUUUCGGUAUUUUCAUCACCUUCGCCCUGCAGUUCUACGUUCCGGCAGAGAUCCUCAUACCGCCGGUCGUGGCUCGCGUGUCCGCGAGGUGGGAGAGGCCCGUCGACCUGCUGCUCCGCAGCCUCCUGGUCGUCUUCACGUGCGCUCUCGCCAUCUUGAUACCGGAGCUGGACCUCGUCAUCUCGCUGGUCGGCUCGGUCAGCAGCAGUUUCCUGGCGCUGAUCUUCCCUCCCAUCCUCCAGAUUCUGGUGUUUCACUCGGAGGGCCUGUCGCCGUUGUCGACCAUACGGAACGUCGUCAUCAGCCUGAUCGGGUUCGUGGGGUUCCUCACGGGAACCUACAUCGCCAUCGAGCAAAUCAUCGCCCGAAACGGACAGAAAGAGACGUUCUCCACCUACAUGGUGCAGUGAUGAAGCGAAAUGACUGUCGGCAGGUGGAUGUCACACACCCCGGGCCGUUGAGAAAGCAUUUUAGGGCACAUUUCUUCCUCUUUGAUUUGCUGCUGUUGGAUACGGCGGCGUUUUUAGGGUUCAUCCAUCACACGUUUAAACAUUACGAAGCUGUAAGGAUUUAUCGUGUCACCGCCGCAAUACUACAGUGUCCACGACGACUGGCAGUUACUCGCAUUUCAAGUCACGUAGUACAAUCUAACGAUAACGUAAUUAUGAUAAAAGCUAAAUCAUUCCUUCAGUUAGGAGAUGACUUGAACAGAUUUUAAAAGUUUAAAGGAUUUUCAGAGGUUAAUUUAGCAUUUUGACAACCUGAGUAUCUUGAUGGUUCUAAUAUUUUAGUCAAAAAAAAUCAAACUACCUCACAAACUAGUAUCGAUUUGGUCUUCUAAAACUUUUUUUAAACGUGGACUCGUAACAGCUUGACAUUCAGAGCUUUUAGAGUUUGACCACCUCAUUUAGGAAAAAACAAAAUCGACUUUUUUUUUGUUGCACUUUGAUUUUUUUGCCUUAUUCAGUGAAGCGGCGCACUACUUUGACAUUUAAAACAUCAAACUUCAAAUCAAGUAACUAAUUUUAAAGUUAUUGUAGCAAAAGACUACAGAUUUUUUUUAUAUAUAUAACAAAAAAAAGGGUUGAUAUCCAAAUUGGCAGUUCCAGAUCCAAAUUAUUCGAAAAACAAAAGAUUGAUUCUUUUUGCUUUUAAAUUUCUUUCAUCAACCAGCUGCUCCUGUUCACACCACCAUGUACAAGUACAGAUGUAUCAUGUUUACAGUAGUAAGAGUACACAAGUAACUUUCAUCAAAGGAAAAAUCGAUUACGUAAUUAUGAUUGUGUGUCUUAUAAUAAUUAUAAUAAUUACAAAUAUACGGAUCUCAUCACGAGUCGUCUCAUUUUAUCUGUAGGGACAGAUGUUUCAAUUUCAUUUUUAUUUUCUAUACCAGUCAAUCAACGUAUUUCGACCUGACAGUAAUUCAGUUUACCACUUCCACUGACUCUUCUUAUAGUUCGCAGACUGGCACCACCUGCUUUGCAUAGCGGUAGUGGAUGGAAGUUUUUCCUUUGGUGAAUUACUCGUACUUCGGUUAAAAACUUUGCAACACAUUUGUACGUUAACACAGCUAGUGCGAUCCUACACACAACAUCACGUAAUAUAAAGUCUGUCACCGCUUUGGAUUUGUACAGAAAUGGUUUGAAGAAGCAGCAGCAGCAUUUUCUAAAGUUAAGGUUUCCGUUGGACUGGGAGAUUAAACAUUACCAACAGGUUACGACGCCAAAUAAUCUGAACUGAAAUGCCAUUUACAAGAUUUGUGUUUUCAAAGGGAACGAGAUAAAAUCCCAUAAAGUCACCUGAUGGUGGAACAUCUGGCUCAAACGCUGAACUUGUUUUGACACAGAGAAUAUUUAUAUUUUAAUUUAUGUUUUAAAGUUGUUUUUUUAACUGUCUUCAUAUUUCCGUCUGUUUGCGAGAGCAACAACGAGCCAGGAUUCGAUAAGAACGCAGAUUGAUGAGCGUAAUGAGAAUCAAUCAAAAAUGAUCUGGUACUCAACCCCGAAAUAAAAUCUAUCAACCUUUAGUUGUACCGUCUUUGUGUAGGAGCUCUUUGGUUUAACACCUUUUUUUUCUCGUCUUUAAAACUUUUAUUUUUUUUGAUCGGAUUCUUUUUUUUUUAAAUGUGUUUUUAUGUUUUAAUGUAUUCAUUAAAUUAAUGUUCAAUGAUAUUCUUUUUCAACAGCAUGCAUUUUUAAGACUUACAAUUAACCUUGAAAAUGUCACUUUGGUUUAAUUACAGAGAGGCUCUGCAUGUAAUAUAAUGCAAUAUGUAUGUAAUAUAAAACACAGGUUUUAGUUACAAGCUGUAGGUGUUAUAUUCAACCCCAUCCACCUGCUUUAAUAAGCAGACAAACAUCAACAUGUACUGUAAGUUCCUUCUAAAGCUUCUGUACUGUUGUGCGUCGUCUCUGUUCAUGUGGCAGUAGAAGGAUUUUGAUUUUCAUCGUUUAUCGAAAGAAAUUCAAGUAUUUAUCAGUGAAAAUUGGUAAAAGCUGAAAGCUAUGAGCCUUAUGUGUAAAGUAUUUGUAGCAUCACACUUGGAGUUUGUGUAUAUAUCCGUUUGUUGCACAUGUAAAUGUCACAAAAAUGUUUCAUCUGCUGUAAAAUGACAAAAACACCCAUUGUUCUCGAUGGAUGGAAUUCAUGUGCUAAACAGUUUGGAUGAGAUUUUUCCCCACUGGACACUUUAAGAGAAAGACGACGAUGAUGAAUGGUGUGCAGCUACCCAAAGAGGACUGAUGCUCAUUUAAAGGCUGCAUUUAUUCAUAAUUUUAAAUGUCACUUAAUCAAUUCUGUACUUUAUAUAAUCAACCGAUCAAUAGUUCAGUUCACCGGAACGAGCCCAACACGUCAUCUUCCAGAUCCAGAUUGGACAGACUAAAACCUGCAAAUGUUUAUUUGAUAAAUUACUUAAAACACAUAACAUAUUUUCAUCUUAGCAGUCUUUCAUUUCCACAUUUCCUCGCUCAGAAUAAAUAACGUUGAAAGUA